AUGUCAUAUCUCACUCACGGGAACUGUUGUUAUAAACACGUGUAUCCAAACAUUGCUAUCGAUACACCAAGCAGUAUUGAUACACACGUUUCGUAACUAAUAAAACAAUGGAAACAUUGAUCAACAAAUCAAUUAAGGAAAAACACUUACGGCUAUUGCUGAAUUAUUUAUUGGCAUAAUCGUCGAGAUACCGUUGCUUUUGUACAUGUUGUUAAUACUUCUGGAUUAAAUGUCUAAGGAUUUCAGUUUAACUUUUGAUUUUAAUCUACUCAACCAUCUUCGCUAUUGUGUCGCUUAAUGUAUUAUGUGUGAUGCUCAUUAUGGAUUAAUGUGAAAUAUGAAUUAAAUGGACUGGAAUCAUCGUCGAGUACACGUAGAUCCACCGAUUAGUAAUUUAGCAAAACAGAUGGAGGAAGAUGCCCACGAUGAAUACGCCCGGUACCAACAGGAGCCGGGCAAGCGCCCGAAAGACGUCGCCGGCCGCUAUGAGCUCACGCGCCCCUCCCUACGCAGCCUGCAGACGGGGAUUAAGGCAAAAUUCCUCACCGUCUACACAAACGGGGAGAAGUACAUAUUCGACAAGCCAGUCCAGAUUUCUUUCAAAAUCAAGACGUUUCCUAAGCUCGAGAGCCUUCUAGACGAGAUAGCGCGCAGCAAGGAGCGGAUCAACAAGACGCUUGUUCGUUACCUUUUCAAGUGGCCUUCCGGUCAGCUGGUAACUGACGUCACGGAUAUUCACGAGGACGACGAGACGACCAUGUACGUCUGCUCCGACAACAUGAAGCUCUACAGAAGGGGGCGCUACGGGGAGACCGGGUUUGCAGGCCCGGGCGACGGUGGUUCUGAUGGAAGCGGACGAAACAGCUACGAGAGCCGCGGAAACGUGAGAUCCAACAAGGUGUCUCCGGUGCGUCGCUCCCGAGUUUCCAUGAACGGCGGCAAGGGCCACCACAUCCAGAUUAUCUCCAACACGAACCGAAACAGCCGUCAGGGGCUCUUUCUGGACCCCAAGAGUAAUCUCCCUUUCGAGGAGAUCUUGCGUAACGUGACCGAGAUGUUGGACAUGGAAAACCCACCCUGCCGCGCCCUGUACAGCCUCAAUCCGCCGUUUAAGAAGGUUGACAGCAUCAGUAGCCUUAAUCGCAUCAUCCCCAUGUACGGCGACACGUUCAUCGCCUGCGGUCAAGAGGAACCCACCCUGCCGACACGCGACGUAUCCCCGGUUCGCAACGGUGGCAAAACACACCGGAUGCAGAACGGUGAGAAAAGACCGAACGGUCAGAAAAAUGAACGCAGGGACCAACAGGGCUCGGAACGGAAGUCAGAGGUUUUUGAGGAUGCAAAAGGAAGAGAAUUUCAGCGUUUCCAGGAGGAGCAAGAUCAAGAAGAGGAGGCCGAAGACGGCGAAGAAGAGGUGGCUCAAACAAACGGCGACUCUCCUAGACAGAGGAGCGCAUCGCCACGAAGAGAACCUCCACAUGCAAGGGAAGACAAGCGCCGUCAGCCUCCUCCAACACAGAAACAGGAAGACGCUUCACUUCAGCGCCGCGUGGAAAAAGGAGCGCAGGGCAAGAAGGCACAGAACGGAAACCAGAAGGUGCAGAAAGCGUCAAUGACGUCGCGAGAUAUGGAACCGGAAGGCAAUGAUCGGAAGAGAAACGGCGUUGGUGAUGGCGCAGACAGUGAAUGGGAGUCCCGCGGAAGUUCCCCCUCGGAGAGAGAGAUGGCGAAGCGAAUAGAGGACAUGGAGGAAAUUAAGAAGGAUUUGGAUGAAGAUGUUGAAUAUUAAGUUAUUAAAAUAUCUCUUUUUUGUUAUUUAUUGUACGUUUUUUAUAUACUGCACAUAUAAAAUGUUUGUUGCAAUUUAUUUCCAGUAAAAUGUAAGACCCUAGUCCAAUACUUCAAUGUUUUGAAGAUCACGUAUUAAUCCACUUUCAAAUAUAUGAAUUAUAAAUGGUCUGGCAUUUAUCCUUAUUGCUAGUAAAAGUUUCGUUUUUAUUUUUCAACAGUUACUAUUCUUUAAAUUAUCUCUAUUAAGCAAUAACUGCAAAGAAUAUAUUUAAUAAAUUAUCAACAUGUCGUCACAAGUUAUUUCGAUCUAACUUGAUGGUAAUUGUUCAAAUAUUGCUUAUUCAGUAAACAUCGUGUACCCCAAUGAUUUAUUUUCGUGGAUUUGAUUGCAAUUUUUGAUAAAAAAAUAUAUAAUUAUCACUUUUUUGCUCAGAGUUGGCAAUACUAUUUCUUUUUAUCUAAAUCUAUAGUUGAAAUAUAUGCUUGAUAAUUGGCAAAUUAAACAGAAACACAUUUCCUAUUUAAAGUGUUUGCUCAAACCAGAAAAUAUUGUUUUUUACAUGUGCCGUAUGAAAAUUACAACUGCGACCUUGAUCAACUGCUGCGUACUUAAAGCACGUGAAUGAGGCAGUUACAACUAUUGCUGGUGAAUGUUCAUGACAUUACACCGAAAUAAAAAAACAACGACAUUUUAAACCAUUUUUUACUUGUACUUUCAUUAAACAUAUUGUUUAAACACAAUAUUGAUAGAAACCUGUUACUUUUUAUUCUUCGUUUAAAUGAUCAUUGUAAAAUACAUUUCACCCUUUUCUUUGUUUUAAAAGAUGCUCUUCAUUUUCUGUUUCAUUUUCACAACUUACAAGCACUUUAACGUGACUAACUUUGCUAAUGGACAGCUUGGGAUUGAAAACUCAACUGAUAAAAGAUUUGUUGGAUAUAUAUAUUUAUUAUUAAAAUGUUUAUCCAUAAAAUUAAUGUGAAAAAUGAAAGAAUUUCAAUUCGAUAGACUGUUUUGCAAUUUCUUGCCAAUGGAUUGACAUUAUUUAAAAAAGCGUGAUAUGAGUCAAUACGUGAACAAAUGUAAGUUGGUUGUUGUGAUGAACGUUAAAUAAAUGGUACCGUUGACACUUUACAAAUGUAUGUUAUCAAAGUGGAUAUAUUUUCUUUUUAUCGUGAUUGUUGUAAAUAAAGAUGGAGGCUUUUGUUAGAAAAAGAAUGUACACACACGCAACAAAACACGAUUAACUUUUUUUGUUAAGAUACGUUAUCUAAGUAUUAUGUAAAAUAUAUUGCAAUUAUUAUUAGAAAAUAAUUCAUUUCAUAUAAUUGUAAACCCGCUCAGAUUUUUAUUUUAAAUUAUGAUAAUUGCUAU